AUGAUUGCGAAUGACUGGAAUGAUAUUGGCUAUAAUUUUUUAGUAGGUGGUGAUGGUCAUAUAUAUGAAGGUAGAGGAUGGAAAUAUAAGGGUAGCCAUUGCUACGGUUAUAAUGACAAAGCAAUUGGGAUCGGUGUUAUUGGUGAUUAUACUAUUACUCCAAUGUCUAGACCUUUAAUAACUGCUAUUAAUUCUUUAAUUAAUUGCGGUAUUUCAUCUGGUAGGAUUGAAAAGAAUUAUACAUAUCUUAGACAUGGAGGUUAUGGUAUUCGUGAAAACUAUAUAUUAAAUCUAACUAAAUCUCGUCAUAGUAUACACUAUUGUAUACCAAAACCAAAGACUGUUUGA